AGUUUCAUCUUCCCCCGAACCUCUCUGCACAGGACACCGGCUGGCAAGGAAGCCUGCACUGAUAGAGACAGCUCACCAGAAGAAGAGAACUAGGAAUGGCCGCCCCGUCCAUCGUGACAAUCCAGCCACAGUACGGCAUGACCAUGCCCACCGUCUCGAGGAACAUGUGGCAGACAGGGCUGAUGGACUGCUGCACCGACUGUGGCGUCUGCUGCUGCGGGAUGUUCUGCUUCCCCUGCCUCACCUGCCAAGUGGCCGGGGACAUGAACGAGUGCUGCCUGUGUGGAGGCAGCGUGGCCAUGAGGACCCUCUACCGCACCAGAUACAACAUCCCGGGGUCCAUUUGCUCUGACUUCUGUAUCACCAUGUGGUGUCCCGUGUGCUCCGUUUGCCAAAUUAAGAGAGACAUCAACCGGAGGAGGGAGCUGGGCGUAUUCUGAUGCCGCUGUCCUCACUGUGCCCUGCAGAGCUGCUGUGGGCAGGAGCUGCUGCUGCCCUGGCUCUUGGGAAAUGCACCACAGCGGGGGUUUGCCUUAGCUAUGGUUGAUUCCUCCUUCCCUGAGUAAUAUCAUGAAUAAACAGCAGA